CUUGAUUGUUCAAGCGAGCAUGUCAGUCACAGUGAUCGCAAAUUUAGUAGGUUGAAGACAUGCAAGGUUGAAAAUUUUGGUGAAUCAAACACGCAGAACUUGAAAAUUUUGUUUUGAAGUGAUGAAGAUAUUUUUAUGCGGUGAAAAAAAGCGAUUCCGAUCGGACGACUUUCCGUAGUGGCAGCAGUGGGUGAAGUGAUUCAUGAAUGUUCGCUUUUUCAAGUGUCGGUGCAUUAUUUUGACUGGCGAAAGAAUCAGCCGAACUUUGAAGUGAGGUGACUACAGCAGCAGCAGCCUGUACUACAAUAAUUGGACGCAGUGGAGGCGAAGAAAAGGUGUACUCUCUUGAUUUGGGGUAGUUGGAUUCCCGGAAGAAUAAGUAAACUUCACAGACGUUCCAUCUUGCAAGUGCAUUCCAGUGCAGUGGCAGGAAGAAGCACGAAGUUCUCAAUUCCAUGGAGUGUAUGUGUGCGGGGUCCGUGUGUCUCGCUGUCAAAUUCUAGUGAAGUGUUUUCUACGCAAGGAGUGGUGGAUUCGGAAUUUUUGGGAAAGGUCAAACAGCGAAGCAGUGGAAGCAGUCGGGAAAUUUUCAGAGAAGCUGGAAAAUUCUGGAAGAGCAGAAAUAUGUUCAGAGUGUUUAAUUGAAUUGAGAAGCAUCAGAAGUUUUUUUUUGCAAUUUCGAAGGAUGAGCCAUCUGUGCUAAGUUGUCAAACAGGAAGAAAAAUCGACUGAAGUAGGAAGAAACGAGUCGCAUCCUUCUAUCUGUGAAUUUGCAAAAGUGGUUCAUGUACAGUGUCAGGGAAUGAUACUAAAUCCCAUUUCAAAUAAAGAAAUUUCAUUGGUCAAAGUGCGGCUCUGAGAGAGCUUUCGAAAUUAAAAUUGUGGAAAAACUUAUUCCGACGAGGAAAGUGUUUCAGGAAGUUUUUCUACUCGCGAGUUGUAGAAAGUAGUUGGUAGCGGGUACACAUAAAAAUAUAUAGGCUUCCUAUAAGAAAAAGGCAGCGCCCUCCAGUUUCAGCUCGGAAAGCAAAGUCGAAAAAAAAAUAAACGCGAAAAAGAAGAAGAAAUUGUAGUGAGCAAGCGACCGACCGUCCGACCGGAGUGCGAUUACGCCGAAGACGACGAAUACGACGACGAUCGAUGCUCGAUUAGUUGCUGCCCCUGCUGCUGGUGCUGCUGCGGCUGGCUGUUCGUCAUCAUUGGUCGUCCGGUGGUGGCGGCGGCGGCAACGACGGAUAAGACGACGAAGUCCGUCAGAAGAGCAACAACGAACCACAACACGGCCAUAUUAUGGCUGAGGAAGAGUUGAUGGUCGUACUGCGAAAGAGUGAGGAUGCAACGUUUGGCUUCUCACUGCUGCGAACCGACUCGCUGAUUGGAUUCACCCAUGUCAUCUACGAUAUCGUGGAGAACUCGCCGGCUGCUGAAUGUGGAGAGGUUGAAGCUGGUGAUGUAAUCGUGAAAGUUAAUGGGACCGAUGUCCAUGGAUUUACCACCAAAGACGUGCUAAAAUGCCUCCGGCUAUCGACGGAUCCAGUUACGCUAGAGCUGAAAAGAGACCCCAAAAUCAAAGCUCACGUCCGGAAGUAUCUGGCUUCAAUCAGCAAUCAGCACCCGCAUUCGGACGGUCACCUUUCGCAGAGUUCGAACCCCUCCUCGCCGACACACCAUCGCCAUUCGCCAGCUUCCCCCCUGUCCGAGCGAGGCCCCAGUCGGAUCCAGCCACCGUCGAUAACACCGAGCCGGUACGGCCAUCGAGUCAGUACGUCCGAUCCGGCAUGUCGACCCUCGCGGAUACCGCAGGCCGUACAGGCGAAAAACUCCUGGAGUGCACCGCAGUCGCCACACGGUCUGAAGCCGCCACGCUCGUCGCUGAUACCGACCGUUAACGGGGGAACGCCACACCAGCAGCAGCAACAGCAGCAGUAUUCGACAACGAAUUCGUCCUCGCCGUUCUUCCGGCAGGAGCACCCCCACCAGAACCCAUUCCAGCAGCAGCAAGUACCAAAAAAAGGCUUCGAGGCGUACAUGAUGACCGGCGAUUUGAUUCUGAAUCUCUCACGCACGCCACAGAGUUCAGGAAUACUGCCACAAGCGAAAAAGAUCGACAGUUUACGGGAUUCGCCUAGUCAUCGAGCCAGUACGAAGCGGAAAAACGGUGCUAUUGCUCCGCACGCCAAGUGCGAUUCAUCGCCAUCAUCGCCAAGCAGCAGCAACAGUAACAGCUAUUCGGAGCACAACGACACCAACCACAGCGGCAUCAGCAAACAGCAACUUCAGCGCAGUCUGCCGAGGGACCAUUCCUCCAAGAAGAGUCGGAGCCAACAGCUGCAGGACGAGGAUCAGAACGAUCAGAACACGGGUAGUUCCAUCGAGUCGAUAGUGAACAGCAGCAGCAAAAAGCUGAGCGGUAGCGGAGGAAGCAAUCACAACAAUAACCACAACAACAACCGGUUUGUGGAGGAGGACGAGCGAGAGCUGGUGAAUUCGUCCAAGCAUAGCAGUAGUGAGGCGGCUGGAGGCAAUACCGGACGGACAAUCGGUAGUAUUAGCAAUAGCGCUGGAAGUAGUGUAGACGCAGCGGACGAAGAGGAGAACGCUGACGAUUUGAUCGAUCUGAGAAGCAUUCGAACAAACACUAGUGGCUGUGUGUCGUCUUCGUUGCUCGGGGAGCGGAACUCUGCCAGGCGAGACGUUCGCCCCGGGGGACAACAGGACGGCAGUAAUAAUAGUGUCACCGUUCAACCAGGAUAUUCCGUUGGGUGCGAUAGCGUCGAUAGUAGCAGCGCAGCGGCCACCAACGGUGAUCUACGCCAUUAUCACUCCAAGGAACGCAGUAAAUCUUCCUCAUCAGCAGCUUCCUCCGGUGGCGGAACAACGGUGAAGAGCGAAAGUUCACCGGAAAUGAGCUACUCUGUGCCAACUUCGCCGACAUCGCUGUCGGCGGCCCCAAUUCUCGAAGGUUACGCAUCUUCACUCAAAAAGAGAGAUCUAUUGCUUGCAAACUCAGUGCCGACUAGUCCGGAAUCCGGAGCGCAGGAAAUCGUACGACGAAGUAGUAGCGGCCAUCACCAUCAACCUCACCUCCAUCACCAUCAUCACCAGCAGCAGCAGUAUCAUCAUCACAGUAGUAAUAAUCAAUCGUCCAACAGUGGUCCGGUUGGCCAUAGUUCCAGUCUCAUCAGUGCCAGUAUCAGCGCCGGUGGUGGUGGUGGCGGAGGAGGAAGUAGUGUAAGUGCAGGUGGUGGCGUCGUGCGGAAGUGCGACGCUGCAGGUUUCCGCACCAGUAGGUCGGAGGAUCAUUUGCAGCAGACCCAACGGGAUGGCGGAAUCGGAGCGCUGGUGCCAAUCGAAAUCGACGAGGAUGUGAACAGUUCGCUCAAUACGCUGCUGGAUACACGGCACGACUCGGAGGAAUCGCAGGGCUCCGACCAUGAUCGAAUAGUGUGGACAUACAACGCGCCGGUGUCGCAAACGAACGGAGCAGGUACGGGCGGUGGCCCGGCUGGUGUGAUAACAUCUCCGAUCUCGCACUCCAGCUCGAUGAGUUCCUCGCCGCAGCGCUCGGCAAGCGAUAGUCCGGCUUCGCCAACAUCCGUGUCUUCGUCUGUGAUGUCCUCGUCGGGUGGAUCCAAAGGUGCCAACGAUCAUACCCACAACGGGUACAGUAAUAGUGGCUUCGAGGGGGGCCGAGGCGGUAGCGGUACCCACAGCAAUCUGCAAAGCCUUAGCUGCCCGAAUGGAAGCGGUCCAGGGGGAGGAGGAGGCAUGGACCAGAGCGUAUCGGAAGCAGUGUCGAACAUCUCCAGUCCGGACUACCAGGACGAACACGACCUGCUCAGUACGCGGGAUCUGGCUGCGAUGGCCAUCAGCGAUCCCAGUGAUUCCGACUCAACGAUAUUAGUUUCGGAGACAACGCAUCGAGUGCACGAUAGAGAUCGUGACCGUGAUCAUAAGAUUGUGAUACAGGUUAAGGGAAUGCAGCAACAGCAGCAGCAAUUGUAUAAUCAGCAACAGGAAAGUUCGCGGUAUUCCGAGCUGAAGGAUUCGGAAGACGAACUGGCCACACUGACCGAAGAAAUGCCUACGAUGUUCUUCGGGCAGGACGGUCAACUGAUGUACGGUGGCCGGGAGUCCUCGCCACCGGUAUCGGACGAUGGUAGCGAUGUGGAUUCGCUACAUUCAUUCCAUUACUCGCCCAAGGCAGUAGAUCUUCCAUCGGCCGAGCGCCUGGCAAAACGCUUAUACUACCUAGAGGGCUUUAAGAAGAGCGAUGUCUCGCGACAUCUCAGUAAAAACAACGAUUUUAGUCGUGCCGUAGCCGAUGAAUACCUAAAGUUUUUCCUCUUCGAACGGUUAACGCUCGAUGAAGCUUUGAGGCUAUUCCUAAAGCAGUUCUCCUUAUCUGGAGAAACGCAGGAGCGCGAACGGGUGCUGGUUCAUUUUUCCAAGCGCUACCUAGACUGUAAUCCGGGAUCUUUCAAUUCGCAAGAUGCCGUUCAUACGCUUACAUGUGCAAUAAUGCUCCUCAACACGGACCUACACGGGCAGAACAUUGGCCGGAAGAUGACAUGCUCGGAGUUCAUCGAGAACCUGAGCGAACUGAACGAUGGUGAAAAUUUCCCCAAGGAUAUCCUUAAGCAGCUGUAUCAGGCGAUAAAGACUCAACCUCUCGAGUGGGCAUUGGAUGACGAGUCACCCGAUCAGCAGAAGCUCGGCGGUGGGCGCAACGAUGGCACCAUGGGAGGCAAUGGCGGUGGUGGCACUGGCGGCAGCUUACAGGGUCCUCCAGUGGGACCGAAUCCUUUCCUGGAUCCUCCUCAGCCGGCGGCCAUCGAGUACAAGAAGGGCUAUGUGAUGCGGAAGUGCUGCUACGAGACAAACUACAAGAAAAGUUGUUGUGCUUUCUUUACAGCGCCCUUCGGGAAGCGUUCGUGGAAGAUGUUCUACUGUACGCUCCGGGAUCUGGUGCUGUAUCUACACAAGGACGAGCACGGCUUCCGCAAGAACCAAAUGUCGGAUAAUGUUCACAAUGCGAUUCGCAUCCACCACGCCCUGGCAACGAAGGCCAGCGACUAUACCAAAAAGCAGCACGUUUUCCGAUUACAAACGGCUGACCAGUCCGAGUACCUUUUCCAAACGAGCGACUCCAAAGAGCUGCAGUCGUGGAUCGACACGAUUAACUUUGUGUGCGCGUCGUUCUCGGCGCCACCGCUGGAGGGGGGUGUCGGCAGCCAGAAGCGAUUCCAGCGGCCGCUGCUCCCCUGCACACACACGAAGCUUCUACUGCGAGAACAACUUGUAUCGCACGAAGAGCAAGUCAAUAAGCUGGAGAACCUUUUGGCUGAACACAAGCGGUCAACCAUUCCAACCAAGGGACUGGCACUGCAGAACUACAAGGAGAAGGAGGCUUAUUUACUCUAUGAGUUGAAACGCUACAAAACGUACUACUAUCUGUUGAGUUCCCGCAUGAACUCGGACCAGUCGUUGGAUUUCGAAAACCUACUUACGCUGGGCGACAGCGGGCUCCUUCUCGAAUCGGACGAGAUCCUUCAGCGAAACAGACAAAACACUGAGGGUGGUGGUUUUGGAAGCGCGGGCGCAAACCAAACCAUCAUUCAGCAGCAACCUCUGGGGCAACCGCAGCAGCUACUGAGUCAGCUGGGUAACGCGACAACUACGGUGCCGGCAGCGGCGACGACGGCGACGACAGCGACCGGCGGAAGCGCCUCCAACAGGAGUGAUAGUAGACAAUAUAAAACCUGAGACGACACCCUGUACAUCACAACUGCAUUUUUCCAAUACCACGAUCAUGACUACCAUCACCACAACCGCCACCAAGAAUCCCUGAGCCUCGGCCACUCGGAAUCGGAGCCAGAUCCGUUUAGUUCCGCUGCCGCCGCCGCCACCGCCAAUGCUACUUGUUGCUCUACCGUACUGGCCGUCGUAGCCUCUACCCUAAGAUCCCUAUCCUACUUCCUAACUCCGCAGCAUAUGCCUACCACCACGGCAGUGGUGGAAAGUGGUAGUGCGAGGGAGAACGAAUCUACCAACAUAACUACCAGUACUACCGCUGCGGUACAUUCGUCGUGUGGUCAAAACGUGUGAGUAUAAUGCAAUCCUUCUAUUGCCGUCUACGUUAAACAAAUGUCUGAACCUUAUUUCGAAUGCUCUUCCUGCAUUUUGUUGUACAUAUUCACAUUGUUGUAUAGGUUUAUAUUUUCCUUGUAUUAUCGAAUUCAGCAGGUUUCUUUUACAAUCCUUUGAUUUUUGAUGAUCGUCGCAGAAAAAUUGUCUUUCUUUGGCUACUUGUUUUGUUGUUAAUGACCUUUAUAUGAGAUUUCAAGAUAGGGCGCUUUAUUCCUUGAUCGAUAUAAAUAUAAUAUAUACACUUAGAACUAUAUAUUAAUUAAGUGCGUGAUAAGCCAAGGCACAUAAACCUUCAGAAUGUGUGCAUAUAAGACAGUGUAAGCGCGUGAAUGAGUGUAGGAAUUUUCUAAGACUUCUAGAAUACCACAGAAAAGAAUGGAUGUCGGAAAGAAUGAGAAUCGAUUUUUCAUAAAAGUUGUAUAUUUUACCAUUAAACUGAAUAUAAGAAUAGUUAAACAAUGGCAUUUUUAUACAUCAGACUUCCCCAAUGUGAAGAGCAUAGUUGCACGGCUUCCCUCCUGGGGUGAACGAAUACAAUUGUAGCAGGACAAUUCCUUCAAUAGUUAGUAAAAUCCUUAUAUGGAAACGUCUUCAAGGCUAUGGCACUUUGUGUGGAAGACGAAAAUAAAUAAAAACAAGUGCUGCCAACUGUUGGGCGCCAAUAUUACCAUGCCAACAUUUACUUGGCAUUCUCAACAAACAGCUAGCGAAUCAAGCCUACCAUCAUAUGGCAAACUGAAUGAAUAUAAACUCGCUGGCUGUCUUUUCGCUAAUUUUGGCGUCAUUUCACUACUUCCACGCCUAACGAUUUGGACUUUGGCAUUUACGUGCGCAAUCUAAGAACCUUUUUUGUUGAAAGUGACCCCCCAAUAUUUAUUAUCGAAAAAAGGGAACAUUAGGACUUUUGAUGCGGAAGAUUCAUUCAAAAUUACUAUACAAUGAAAAAGCUGUAUAAUAGAAUCCAUAAAUUAUAAACAUCUCCAAAUACUGAAAGUAACUCAAGUCGAAGAGAAAUAUAAAAAAAUCGCGUUGAAUUGUUUUUAUAUUAUUCAUAUACUUAAAAAUAGUAAUCGUACUCAAAUUAAUGGAAACAGAUGCAAACGUAGCCCUGUUUGUGGAAUUUUAAACACUUUACAGAAAACCAUACCACAACAGUUCAACCCAAUCUCUUGUGCACGUACACACAUACGCUCAUUACAUUUCGGAUAAGUCACCAUAUUGCAGCUGAGUAAAACAUAAAAAAGAACUAGAAUUAAAUAAGAGGAACUCCUGUGUUCGAACUGCUGGAGAACAGGAAAUUAUAAAACAUUAACCCGGGAGACUGUCUGACCAUCUUCCUUUUAAAGGAUGUGCUUGAGAGCUGAAAAGCUGAGAAAAAACAACCUACUUCUUCGCCAUUGGAAACUUUAAACAAUCGUGUGUUUGUGUAUGUAUUGCACAUGUUCCGCCGAUUUCAGUCAACCGACACCAUACGAAUCACGUACUCUACAACAAACAAUGGUAACUGUAUGAUUGUAGGUGUUAAUGAACAACAGUAAAAAGAUAUACCUAUCGAAAAUUUAAAAAAAUGAAACUGAGUGUAAAACACGGAGAAAGGGAUCCUAAACAAAAAACGACGUUGAUUGGUUAUAAUAAUUACGAACAUAAACAACAAGCAGCAGUUUAUAGUAUUAUUCAAGUACAUCAAUUAUAUCGGAAUGGAAGGAAACAUAGAGAAAACAAAUAUUAUAAAAAGAAAACCACUAGCAAGUAAAAUAAACCUGGAGAAAGUUACAUAA